AGUUUAAUCUUGGACUCCGGAGCAAGUUCGUGUGGAUACGUUGGAGGCUUCAUACGUUUGGCGCUACGUUCAUCUCCUCAAAACCAUCCCCGACCGUUCCUCCGUUCUCCGUUUUCAACGUUAAGGCACGGAUGGGUAUGCUUGCGGCUGGAGCGUAUGGCCUCCCACAAUUUCGCAUGCGUGUCUUUUUGUCGGCUGCCCUUCAAGGAAAGAAGCUGCCAAAAUUUCCUUUGCCAACCCACAAAGUUGAUAGUAGAGGUGUUAUUCUCAAAGAGUUUGAGUGCAACAAUGUUGAUUAUGAAAACAGUGAUGUCAACCUAAAGGACGCACUCUUUCUUGAAGAUGCCAUUUCCGAUCUUCCUAUGAGGAAGGGUGCAAAUUUCAGAGAUUUACCUGGUGUUCAUGUGGUUGGCAAUAAGGUUGAGUUGGAUCCAAAUGUCGAAAGAGUGUACUUGCCUUCUGGGAAGCCAUUGGUACCUAACUAUGCUAUCUCUUUUGUGAAAGGGAAUUCGACCAAGCCAUUCAAAAGAUUAUGGUGGGACGAAACUGUCCCAACCGUUGUCACCAGGGCUGAGCCUCACAAUCAGGCAAUUUGUCACCCUGUCCAAGACAGAGUUCUCACAGUCAGAGAGAACGCGCGGUUACAGGCUUUCCUGAUUACUAAAAGCUUUGUGGCUCCAUCAAAGACAAGCUUGUCUAAAGAAGCUACCAUGUUUACAUUGCCCGAAGGAUAUGGUGCGAUUCAAGAGCUGCCAGCUGAUCAAACGUCUUCUGCUGAAUUUCCAAAUUGAAGUUUUUGAAGUAUUUAGUAUUUAUUGAAUUGAAUUAUUACACAGAACAAAUGUUUUUAUUGAAGGAAUUACACAGACACAAUAAAACCGGAAAGACAGCCUAGUUAGGAUUAUUAUAAAAUUUCACAGUAAUUGAAUUUGUAAAAUCGAAAUACGAAAUUCCUUACCAGAGAUUCUCCAGAACAAAAAGGAAUCCGAAUGAAAUUCCGCCGAUCAGAUUCGAAAAUUCGCUUAAGGAUCCUUUUCUGGCGCCGGAAUAAGUUUGGUCAACCGGAUAUAAAGCACCGGGAGGACCAGUGGCAUAGACGUAUUGAGGAGCUUGAGGGGUAUUAUUAGGAGGGUUGGGAACUAAAAACCCUCCGUCGCCGCCGCUAGGUGGUGGAGGACAGUAGUUUUUCGGUGGUCUCUUCGGCGGAGGAGGUAAUAGUGGCGGCGGCAGAGAUGGCGGUGGCGGUGGAAGAGACGGCGACGGGGGUGGAGGGGAUGGCGGGGUACAUGUUUCGUCGCAAGGGCACCCUCCACACUUUACUCCCUCUGGUACGCCAUCAAGUUUUCUUGGUUUAGAUCCAUUGGACGAUGGGAUCGCAAGAGCUAAGAAAAGGAAAAACACAACCGCGCACGACAUCAGGAGGCCGCCGCCGGUCACCGCUAGAUAGAGUCGGUGGGAAUUACGGAGAAUAUUUUAUUUCCUUGGAAUCGAAGUUCGGUAUAAUGAGAAUAUAUGGUGGGUGCUCUC